AUGUAUGGGGGUUCGGAUUCCCCUCAGGGGGCUGGGGACGGCGGCCAUCACCAGGGAGGUCCCCCUGUGGAUCCUCAGGCUGCUCCUCCGGUGGAUAAUCAAGGGGGGCCUCAAGGUGCCUCUUCUGAGGAGGCUCCAGAACGAAGUGUGUGGACACCUGAUGGAGCCACAGAACCAGCGGAUCCCCCGGCAGACGCAGGGACCGCUGGAUCCCCGUCAGGCGCAGCAAUGCAGAAGGCGGGAGUGUCUGUACUGACAGAGGGCGGCGGUAGACAGGCGCAGGCUGAUAAUCAAAGGAACGGCAGCGCAGAGGAAAAGGGCGAUCGAGUGAGUUACUUUGUUGGGGGUUUACAUCCGGAGAUCACACGUGGGGAGCUGCAGGAGUAUCUCUCGGGAUUUGUGCCUGUCGAGGAGAUCGACAUAAAGAUGGACGUUUCAACAGGGAGGAACAGGGGCUAUGCAUUUAUAUCCGUUCGGCCGCCUUUCAACGCCGAUGCAUUUUUGAACACGAAACACAUCCUUAGAGAUAAGCAAGUGGAUAUCCGGGAACUUGGGAGCAAACCCGCACCGGAGAGACAGGCAGAGAGGCCGCCGGAGCGACGCAUGAGUAGCAGCAGCGCAAAUCGCCACAAGAUAUUUAUUGGUGGAAUUACUUCGUCCGUAACGGAAGAGACGUUACAGCACCAUUUUGAGCAGUUUGGUUCUAUCGAGAAGGCCACAAUAAUUCGUGACGGCAGUGGGAAGAGCCGCGGAUUCGGCUUUGUGCAGUUCACCUCUGUGGACUCCGUGGCUCUUGCGGUUGGGGCCUCUCCCCACCAGCUCGAUUCUGAGAACAAAGUCGACGCCCAGCCGGCGCAGGAUCGCGGCGCUCGUCGCUUGCCUGCUGGCCGCUACUCUACUUCUCCGUAUUACGAACAGGGUUAUUACGGGUAUGGGUAUGGAGGGGCAGCAGCAGGGCCUUACGGGUACCAUGCUGCAGCGGCUGCUGCCUACUCUCCAAUGUACGCCCCCAACCCAUAUGGAGCCUAUGCGGGAUACGGAGGCUACUAUGGCGGGACAGCGUAUGGAGAUGCGUAUGGCACGGCCGAAGGGGGCUAUGGAGCCAUUAGGAGAGGAGAUGAGGGGCACGGUGGAGCCUCCCGUUCAGCAAGAGGCGCUCCCUACUGA